AUGCUGUAUGCUCCAUAUCUGACUGCGUUGUUUCGCUUACCGAUAGCAGCUCACAACCCAAGCACAGCGUCGAUGUCGUCCAAACGGUUGCAGGAGGCAGUGACAAGUUUCCUGAUUUAUGCUACGAUCGAAUUCGCAGCGUUUGUCGCUCUGCUUGUCACCUUGAAGCGUAAAUUCGGCUUUUCACCGUUGUAUCAACUAGCGUUCGUACUCGAGACGCAUGUGCAAGCUGUGCAAGGCCACUUGUUCGUGUGGACCAUUAUCAUUCUGGACUUAACACUCGCGCAUUACGGUGUCGACUUUAGCAUUCUGACUUGA